AUGCAGUGUUACGCCCCUACAAGACCAGAACGCAAGAGCCCUGUUGUCAGCCAAUCAUAUCCAGCCACACAAAUCGUGGUCCAACCACGUUCGCUCUUCAAUCAGCGAUGUCUGUUCUCUGAUUGGCAGAAGGGAAAAAGCAAGCUGGGUCUGCGGGACCUGGAGGGAGCGCUCACGGCUCGAGACAAAGUGGGCGUCCAAGACCUAGUGCUGCUGGAUGCCCACAAGAGUGAGGGGGCAGUCCUGGACAACCUGAAGACACGCUUCUCAGUGGACCUGAUCUACACUUAUAUUGGGACUCUUCUGAUCUCAGUGAAUCCAUACAAAGAGCUGGAUAUCUACAGCAAAAAACACAUGGACCUCUAUAUGGGGGUUAACUUCUAUGAGCUUCCACCUCACAUCUACGCAUUGGCUGACAACGCCUACCAAACCAUGCUGACAGAGGCCAACAACCACUUCAUCCUGAUCUCGGGCGAGAGUGGUGCGGGCAAGACGGAGACGACUAAGAAGAUCUUGCAGUACUACGCUGUCAGCUGCCCCAGCAGCGCCCUGCUGGACACCGUGCGUGACCGCAUGCUCAUGUCCAACCCCGUUUUGGAGGCCUUCGGAAAUGCCAAAACAUUGAAGAAUGACAAUUCUAGCCGCUUCGGGAAGUACAUGGACAUCCAGUUUGACAGUCAGGGAGAUGCCGUGGGAGGUCACAUCCUCAGCUACCUGCUAGAGAAGUCCCGCGUGGUCCAUCAGAAUCAUGGCGAAAGGAACUUCCACAUCUUCUACCAGCUGGUAGAGGGGGCAGAUGAGGACCUGCUGAGACAGCUGGGUCUGGAGAGAGACACAGAAUACUAUAACUACUUGGCACAGGGAGAGUGUACCAGUAUGAAAACAAUCAACGAUAAGAAUGAUUGGCAAACUGUCAAAAAUGCCCUCACGGUCAUCCACUUUGAUGACAGUGACAUUGAGCACCUGUUCGGGAUCAUUGCAAGUGUCCUUCACCUGGGGAACAUAUACUUUGACAGAGACUUCAAAGGCUUCGCAGUGCUCAACUCCAGCCCAGAGCUGCGCUGGGUAUCGAAGCUUUUGGGCAUCCACGUGCAGGUGCUAACCAAGGCCCUGUCCUACAGGAAGAUUGAAGCCAAAGCAGAGGAGGUGCUCUGCCCCUUCACUGUGGACCAUGCCAUCUACGCCAGGGAUGCGCUGGCCAAGGCCAUCUAUGGACGUACCUUCACCUGGGUUGUCAAUCACAUCAACGAGUCGCUCGAGAACCAGGACCCUGCCAGAAAGACUGUUAUUGGACUACUUGACAUCUAUGGAUUUGAGGUCUUUUACGUGAACAGUUUUGAACAGUUUUGCAUUAAUUACUGCAAUGAGAAGCUCCAGCAGUUGUUUAUCCAGCUCACACUGAAGGCUGAACAGGAAGAGUAUGAGGCUGAAGGCAUUGAGUGGGAGCCAGUACAGUUCUUCAAUAAUAAAAUCAUCUGUGACUUGGUGGACGAGAAACACAGAGGAAUUAUCUCAGUGCUGGAUGAGGAGUGCAUGAGGCCAGGUGACUCCACUGACCUUACGUUUCUGGAGAAGCUGGAGGAGAAAAUGGGCCACCAUCCUCACUUUGUCACACACAGGCUGGCCAAUAAGAAGACACGUAAGACCCUGGAGAGGGGAGACUUCCGUCUCCUACACUAUGCUGGCGAAGUGACCUACUGUGUCGUGGGCUUCAUUGACAAAAACAACGAUCUGUUAUACCGGCACAUCAAAGAGGUGAUGCAGCAGUCGAAGAACUCCAUAGUGCAGCAGUGUUUCUUGCCCGAUGAAGGGGACGGCAGGAGGAGGCCGGAAACGGUGGCGACUCAGUUCAGGAGCAGUCUGCAGGAGCUGACGGAGAUCCUGAUGGCUAAGGAAGCUUGGUACGUGCGCUGCCUUAAAUCCAACGACAACAAGAACUCAGGCAAGUUUGAUGAUGCGCUGGUGAAGCACCAGGUGAAGUAUCUUGGGCUGAUGGAACACCUGAGAGUUCGACGGGCCGGAUUUGCAUAUCGGAGGAGAUAUGAGGACUUUUUGAAAAGGUACAAACCAUUGUGUCCACACACUUGGCCGCAUUGGCGUGGUGUCCCCUCUGAGGGUGUGGAGAAACUCGUCCAACACUUGGGCUACCAGCCUGAUGAGUACAAAAUGGGCAGGACUAAAAUAUUCAUUCGCUACGCCAGGACGCUGUUCGCCACAGAAGAUGCUUAUGAGAUCUGUAAACAUGAGUUGGUUGCAAAGAUUCAAGCAAAAUACAAGGGUUACCGAGCUAGAGGAGAGUUCAUAAAGCAGAAGGAAGCAGCUACCAAAAUCGAAACAUGCUGGAGAGGAGUUCAGGCUCGGAAAGAAAAACAACGGCGAGAGUGGGCUGUCAAAGUGAUCAAGCAAUUUAUUAAGGGAUAUAUAACGCGAGGUCAGGCAAAAACUACAGACAAUUCAGAGUACCUGGCCUUUGUCAGACAGAGCUACCUCAUGAGGCUGAGAGACAAUUUACCAAAGACAGUUCUGGAUAAAAACACAUGGCUUUCCCCUCCACCUGUAAUGACAGAGGCUUCAGAGAUUCUGCGGCGACUGCACUUGCGCUGGAUGGUGAGGAAGUACGUGCGAGGCCUCACACCCCAGAGGAAGGCCCAGCUGCAGAUAAAGGUGGUCACCAGUGCCAUCUUUAAAGGCAAGAAGGACAGCUACCCUCAGAGUGUUGCCAUGCCUUUCAUGGACACCAGGAUCAAUGAGCAGGACAUCAACAUACGAGUCCUGGAGAUGGUUCGCCACGAGCGUAUCAAGUACAGCGUUCCCGUGGUGAAGUAUGACCGGAACGGCUUUAAGCCGAGGCCGAGACAGCUGCUCCUGACCCAGGCUGCGGUGCACCUCGCCGAGGAGGCCAAGCUCAAACAAAGCAUCAGCUAUGCUGCUCUCAAAGGUGUUUCUGUCAGUAAUCUGGGAGACACUUUCAUGAUCUUCCAUGUUGCUUGUGAUGGACCCAAACAAAAGGGAGGUGUUGUGCUUCAGUGUGAUCACCUCUAUGAAGUUUUGACCAAACUCAGCUUGCUUGCAAACAAGCAGAACGCCAUCAAAGUGCUCCAGGGAAGUAUAAAGUUUGAGAUCCAUGGAGGAAAGGAGAACGUUGUGGACUUCAGCACAGGGCAGGAACAAAUGGCGUACAGGGACAAGAACGGCCAUCUGAUGGUGGUGAGUGACACGUCCUCCCUCCCAGAUGUUGUAGAGGAAGACCCAAUGUUCCCUGAGUCGUGCAGACAUGCAACACAGAAGCUCACACUCUUCUAG